UGAUCGUUUUCAUUCUGGUAGCCGGAAUUAAUUAGGAUAAAUGAUCGGCCGGAUAAGUUUCCUGGGCUUAUUAGACCGAUGAGAUUCUAGAGCAAUAGAGUAUACAUAUGAAAGAGAUCAGAUAGGAGUAGGAGGAGAUCAAAGAAAGAGUAUGAAAGAGAACCUGCAGAGAUUGGUAAACGACUUAUGGAAAGGGUCUGGACUUCAGAGACACUUUUCCGGGGAGACGACAUAUCGACCACAACUAGCAGAAAAGGGACAUGCAAGAACCAUCGUGCUCUUCUUCAUCGUCGUCUUCAUUGGCACCUGUGUUUCUGUUCGUUGGAUUGACACUUCGAUAAUCUCAAGUGGUGGUGUGUCGCUGAAAGCAUUACUAACCUCAUCCAAUUCUCCGGAAGAAUCAGAAGACGAGGGAUUUGUGAUUCCACUCAACUGCUCCCAAGUUAAUAACCUGUCACAAGUCUGCUCCACAAGCUUCCCGGCAACAUUCCCAAGCGGUUCAUUCCCGACUGGUGCAACAACAAAACAGUGCCCACAUUAUUUCCGAUGGAUCCACGAAGAUCUGCGACCGUGGAAGGAGAGUGGGAUCACGAGAGAGAUGGUAGAACGAGCAAGAACGAAGUCAAAUUUUAGGUUGGUGCUGGUGGACGGAAGGCUGUACUACGAAAAAUACAGUAGCUCGUUUCAGACCAGGGACGUGUUUACACUGUGGGGGAUUCUACAGCUUCUGAGGAGGUAUCCGGGGAGGUUGCCGGACUUUGAUAUCAUGUUCAACUGCAAUGACCGUCCGGUCAUCAGAUCAAGAGAUUAUGAGGGGCCGAACGCGACAGCUCCGCCCCCUUUGUUUCAUUACUGUGGCGACGACUGGACGUUGGACAUCGUCUUUCCUGACUGGUCGUUCUGGGGAUGGCCAGAAAUCAAUAUAAAGCCAUGGAUACCACUGCUGAAAGACUUGAAGGAAGGCAAUCAGAGGAUUAAAUGGGACAAGAGAGAACCUUAUGCCUACUGGAAAGGAAACCCCAAGGUGUGUAAGGCUAGGCAAGACCUCGUCAGAUGUAAUGUCACCGACAAACAGGAUUGGAACGGACGCUUCUAUGUGCAGAAUUGGGUACGUGAGUCUCGGCAAGGUUUCAAGAAAUCAAAUUUGGCAGACCAAUGCACUCACAGAUACAAGGUGUACAUAGAAGGAGCGGCUUGGUCCGUUAGUGAGAAAUACAUCCUAGCUUGUGAUUCACCCACUCUACUAGUAACCCCUCAUUUCUAUGACUUCUUCACCAGAAGCUUAUUACCUGGCCACCAUUACUGGCCGAUUAAAGACAACGACAAGUGUCGAUCAAUCAAGUUCGCUGUCGACUGGGGCAACAAACACAAAAACCAGGCACUGGCCAUCGGAAAAGCGGGAAGCAACUUCAUACAAGAAGAGCUAAAGAUGAAUAAUGUGUAUGAUUAUAUGUUUCAUCUACUGAGUGAAUACUCAAAGCUAUUGAGAUACAAACCAACUAUACCUCCACAGGCUGUGGAGCUCUGUUCGGAGGUCAUGGCUUGCCCUGCAGGUGGAUUAAAGAAAGUGUACAUGAUGGAAUCCAUGGUGAAGGGUCCUACGUAUAGAAGCCCAUGCAUGCUGCCACCUCCUUUUGACCCUCCAGCUCUUGAAGCUUUUCUCAAGGAAAAGGAGAAUUCCAAAACACAAGUUGAGAAGAUGGAGAGGCAAUUUUCGGAUAAGAUCAAAAAUUAAAGAAACUAGUCCCAUGCUCCAAUGUAAAGGAAAUCGGUCUAUAAUAUAAUAUUCAUGUAUGACUACUGACUAGUUUACCAUGUAGAGCGAGAAUAAUACAUAAUUAUGUAA